CUUUUCACCAAUUAAUUAUGGAAUGUUAGUUAAGUAGAACUCUCACAAAUUCAUGCAUCCAUAAAUAACAAAUAUCUAACUUUUAGUGCAAUCAACUCACUACUACUCUUAUAAGUCAAUUCCUUGUAGUGAAGAAGACAGUGCCAGUGUGAGUCUGAGAUGGGGAGUGCAGAGUACCAGCCGUUGUUGCUGGGGCUGGACUCACAUUCCAGGAUACCUGACUUGUCGUCCGUGGUGAUUGAAGAGUUUUUGGAACAGAGGCCAGUGGCGGUGCGGUGGUGGCCUCGUCUUUUUGCCUGGGAGUCACGUCUGCUUUGGCUGCUGUCUGGGUCUUCUAUUAUUGUCUCUGUGUUUAAUUACAUGCUUAGUUUUGUCACGUUGAGUUUUAGUGGCCAUUUGGGUGCUUUAGAGCUCGCUGGCGCCUCCAUUGCCAGCGUUGGAAUUCAAGGUCUCGCUUAUGGAAUCAUGUUGGGCAUGGCUAGUGCAGUUCAAACCGUGUGUGGCCAAGCUUAUGGAGCCAAGAAAUAUUCGGACAUGGGCAUAAUUUGCCAAAGAGCAAUUGUACUGCAUGUGGGAGCGGCUGUACUCCUCACAUUCUUGUAUUGGUUCUCAGGUCCAGUCCUUAUAGCAGUUGGGCAAUCAGAAAGCAUAGCCGAGAAGGGCCAAGUUUUUGCUCGCGGUUUGAUCCCUCAACUUUAUGCAUUUGCAAUAAGCUGCCCAAUGCAACGUUUCCUUCAAGCACAGAACAUAGUAAACCCUUUGGCAUAUAUGUCUGUUGGGGUAUUUUUGCUGCAUACGCUGUUAACAUGGGUUGUUGUUUAUAUCUUGGACUAUGGCCUAAUAGGGGCAGCUCUUACUCUGAGUUUCUCUUGGUGGCUGCUUGCUAUUAUAAAUGGUCUUUACAUUGUUUUAAGUCCAUCUUGCAAAGAAACAUGGAACGGCUUGUCUAUCAAAGCGUUUAAAGGAAUUUGGCCCUAUUUCAAGCUCACUGUUGCUUCUGCUAUUAUGCUUUGUUUGGAAAUUUGGUACAACCAAGGACUGGUGCUUAUAUCUGGACUUCUCUCUGAUCCUACAGUUGCACUAGACUCCAUUUCCAUAUGUAUGAAUUACCUGAACUGGGACAUGCAAUUUAUGCUGGGCCUGGCAGCAGCAGCCAGUGUCCGGGUGAGUAAUGAACUUGGAGCAGGACAUCCCAGAGUAGCAAAAUUUUCAGUAGUAGUAGUGACCGCGACAAGUGUCUUCAUUAGUAUACUUUUCAGUGCAAUUGUUUUGAUAUUCCGGGUUGGACUCAGUGAACUCUUCACAACUGAUUCUGAGGUUAUAGCAGCAGUUUCAAAUUUAACACCACUACUUGCCACGUCUGUUUUCUUCAAUGGAAUUCAACCUAUACUUUCAGGUGUUGCAAUUGGAAGUGGGUGGCAGGCUGUGGUUGCUUACGUGAAUCUAGCCACUUACUACAUAAUUGGUCUUCCAAUUGGAUGUGUUCUUGGCUUCAAGACUUCCUUAGGAGUUGCAGGUAUUUGGUGGGGGUUGAUUAUUGGAGUUCUCUUGCAAACAGUAACUCUGAUUAUCCUCACAGCCAGAACAAAUUGGAAUGCAGAGGUUGUGAAAGCUGCUGAGCGUGUGAAGAAUUCUUCAAAUGACGAGACCUUAGAUUUGGUGACUAAAGCAUGAAGACGAUAUAUUGAUUCAAACUUUAUUAUUUUAAAUUGUGACAACAUGUGAGGUCAACAGUGAAAAAAACGAAAUUAAGCAAGGAAAGAAUAGAGAAUCUGAGGUUCUGUAAAUUAGAUUCUGAACAUUCUAUAGUGUCAUGGUUCAAUUCACAAGUUAGACACAGAAUUGGACAGAGGAUUAUGUAUGUCAGUUUUGGCCUGUCUUCCAGAUGAAAUGAAAUUCAAAAUCACCAAAUUAUUUCAGAGCAUUUGUAAUGUCCUUCCUUCAGUUUCAUGGCUGUAUUAAAGUGUAUAAAAACUUAGGACAACAAAGUUUGUUCAUUAAUAUAAAUGUACAUGCUAAAAAUGAUUUAUUUUAAAUGGAAUCAAAGACAACAUAGACUCAUCACAAGAGUCAGUAAGUCACAAUUGGAUGAUGCAUGAUUCCAUUCACAUAAACAGUGACAGAUAUCAAUUGUUGAAGAUUGAAUCUUUUUGGUAGGAGAAGAAUUGCAGCAUGAAAUGUCUACAAGAAUGCCAGCGAAAGGACUCUGAAGAUGUCUAGAAGAAGCAUGCCGGCGAGAGGACUCUGAAAAUGUUCAAAAGAAAGCAUGUCGCGGCAUAGAGAAAGUCAUGACACAGAUCCAUGAAGAAAGCUACUCCAAAAACAUUCUAGAGAGCAAUAUGUCGCAGCAGAAGAAAAUAUAUGCCGCGGCAAGGCCAAAGAACUUUAGUUUUAGAUUGAAUCAAAUUAUAGUUAUGUCCAAUUAUGAAUUUGAAUUUCUCUUAAACGAACAGUUAAGUAAGUUACAUAA